AUGGAUCUAUCCGACUCUUUCCGCAUCGUCAACCUCGUGGUGGCCGUGAUUAUGGUCCUCGGAGGCGUUUCGCAGUUCUUCCCGAUCAGCUUCCAAUCCAUCAUCAUCGGAUGCUACGUCAUUAUCUUUGGUCUCGCGACCGCUCUUCUUGAGUUCCAGAUCCCUCCCCAGGUCUCCCGCUACGCCUCUUUCCUGUUCUCCUUCAUCGGCCGUGGUAUCUUUUACAUCUUCAUCGGCUCCAUCCUCCUGCACGACCACGUCCUCCGCGUCAUUGCCGGCUCCAUUGUUGGCAUUGUCGGCGUCAUCUACGUCGCGCUCGAGUUCAUCCCCUCGAUCGAGCCUCCUGCCAACAUGCGCGAGGCUGACGCCGGCUGGGGCGCCGAGCAGGUCUAA